UUAUAAUAUAUUGCUUGUGAUUAUCAGAUCAAUUGAGUUCCUCUAUCUGUUCUUGUUUGCCAUCCGUUUAUAUAUCAUGUAGGUAUGAAUGAGAUUCCGAUUGAGCAGUCGACACAAUAUGAUUUUAGUAUCGUUCAAGCUGUCACAAAUUACUUUUCCCCUGAUAAUAAAAUUGGUGAAGGUGGAUAUGGUGCCGUUUACAAAGGAAUGCUUCCCAACGGGCAAGAGGUAGCAGUGAAGAGGUUGUCAAAGAAUUCUACACAAGGAAGUGAAGAAUUCAAGAAUGAGAUUGCAUUGGUUGCCAAGCUUCAGCAUAGAAAUUUAGUAAAGCUGCUAGGGUUUUGUUUGCAGGGAGAAGAAAAGAUACUCAUCUAUGAAUUUGUUCUUAACAAGAGUCUUGAUUACUUUUUGUUUGAUCCAGAGAAGAAGUAUCUAUUGAAUUGGUUCACUCGUUAUAAGAUCAUAGGAGGAAUUGCCCGUGGAAUCCUUUAUCUUCAUGAAGAUUCACAUCUCAAAAUCAUACAUCGUGAUUUGAAAGCAAGCAACGUGCUAUUAGAUGGAGAUAUGAAUUCAAAAAUAUCCGACUUUGGCCUAGCAAGAAUUUUUAUGUUUGAUCAAACUCAUGGAAAUACAAGUAGAGUUAUUGGAACAUAUGGUUACAUGUCUCCGGAAUAUGUUUUGCAUGGUUUGUUCUCAGUGAAGUCAGAUAUUUUCAGUUUUGGAGUCCUACUCUUGGAAAUUAUAACCGGAAAGAAAAAUAAUUCUUUGUCCAUGAACUCAACUGGAACGGAAGAUCUUCUUAGCUAUGCUUGGAAACAUUGGAGGGAGGGCAAAGCAUUAGACAUGGUGGACCAAAGUCUUGGAGGAUUGUAUUCCAAAAAUGAAGUGAUCCAAUGUAUCCAUGUUGGGUUGUUGUGUGUCCAAGAAGAGGUGGAAGAUAGGCCAACAAUGGCGAAUGUUGUGCUGAUGCUCAAUAGUCAUUCUGCUACAAGGAAUGCACCUAAUCCACCUGCAUUUUUCAACGGUUUCAGUCAGAUGAUUUCGGCAGGAGAAGAGGCGGACCAGUCCAGAAGCAAGCCACAAUCAUUGUCCGAGAAUGAAGUAUCCACAUCAGAGUUGUAUCCUAGAUAAUUUUAAGAAGAUCCUAUGCGACCUACUUGAUAAAAAAAUUGUUGGCAACAAUUAAACUUAACCUUUAAAUAUAAGAAUUAUGCUCCGCGGCUCCAUCCACUCAGCUACUCUCUUAAUUAGGGCUGCUUUAUUAAUAUUUGAUUCAUAUACUUUG